AUGUUCGCUGCUCGCGCAACACACGCCUCGCCGGCGCGUCUGGCUGGCGCUCUGCGCACCAGCGCCGUCGCACAGACCGGUCGAUCGCUCCGCGCCAGCACCUCCAGAUCCUCGGCCGCCUCGCUCUCCACCCUGGCUACCCGCAGCUUCGUUCCUAGCCGUGCGAACACCGUCGCUGGCUCGUCUCUGGCUCGCGCCCUCUCCAUCACCUCCGCCGCCCGCCAAGCUACGCCCAUCGAGGAGGGCGACGGCGAGCCGUUCGACCUCACCACCGUCGAGCGCGUCUCGGACGAGGUCGACGUCAUCAUCGUCGGUGGCGGCCCAGCCGGUCUUUCGGCUGCCAUCAAGAUCAAGCAGCUCGCUGAGAAGCGGGGUGAGGAGAUUCGCGUCGUCGUGCUCGAAAAGGGCCCCGAGGUGGGCAACCACAUUCUCUCCGGCGCUGUCAUCCAGACCAAUGCGCUCGACGAACUGCUGCCCGAUUGGAAGGAGCUCGGUGCGCCGCUCAACCAGGAGGCGUUGGAGGACCAGAUGCGUUUCCUCACGCCCACCGGCUCGUUCCCCAUGCCCCACCCGCCACAGAUGAGCAACAAGGGCAACUACAUUGUUUCGCUCUCCCGUGUUGUGGCGUGGCUGGGCGAGCAGGCUGAGGCCGCCGGUGUCGAGAUCUAUCCCGGUUUUGCGGCUGCACAGCCUCUGUGGGACACAGAUGCCAGCGGAAAGCCCAUCGGCAUCAAGGGCGUCAUCACCAACGAAAUUGGACUGGACAAGUCGCGCAAGCCAAAGGACUCGUUCGAGGCGGGAAUGGAGUUCCAUGCGCCUAUCACGCUGUUUGCGGAAGGCGCGCACGGGAGUAUGACGCAGAAGAUGAUCCGUCAGCUUGGGCUGCGCGAUGCGGUGGGUGCCGAUGCGCAGACGUACGGUCUGGGUGUCAAGGAGGUCUGGCGCGUCAAGCCGGAGAAGCACCAGGCCGGGUUGGUGACGCAUACGAUGGGGUGGCCGCUGGACACAGCGACCUACGGUGGAAGCUGGACGUACCAUAUGGAGGACAACAUGGUUUCGUUGGGUCUGGUCGUUGGGUUGGAUUAUCAGAAUCCGUACCUGAGCCCGUUCCGCGAGUUCCAGCGGAUGAAGCACCAUCCAUUCUUCAAGGAUCUGCUUGAAGGAGGCGAGUGCCUUGCGUAUGGUGCUAGGACGCUGAAUGAGGGCGGCUAUCAGUCGAUCCCGAAGCUCAACUUCCCCGGUGGAGCGCUGGUCGGUUGCGCUGCGGGCUUCUUGAACGUGCCCAAGAUCAAGGGUACGCACAAUGCGAUGAAGUCCGGCAUGGUAGCUGCCGAAGCGGUGGUCGAGGCGCUGGCCAAGCGAACCGAGUCCGGAUCGGAGGAGAGCAUCGACCUGGUCGACUACCGAAAGAGACUCGAUGACACGUACGUCAUGAAGGAGCUGUACGAGGUGCGAAACUUGCGACCGUCGUUCCACGGCCCGCUCGGGUUCUGGGGCGGACUGGCCUAUUCGGGACUCGACUCGAUGAUCCUCAAAGGCCGAGUGCCGUGGACAUUCCACCACCCUGGUGAGGAUCACGCGCAGACCAAACCAGCUGCUCAGUGCGAACCCAUCGAGUACCCCAAGCCGGACGGAAAGCUCUCGUUCGACAUCCUCACCUCGGUUUCGAGGACUGGAACCAACCACGCCGAAGACCAACCCGUCCACCUCGUCGUCAAGGACGGCGACUACAAGGGCCACGUCGAGCGCAAUGUCGGCACCUUCGAAGGUCCCCUCGGUCGAUGCUGCCCCGCUGGCGUGUAUGAGUAUGUCGAAGCGGAUAGCCCGGCUCAGGAAGACGCUUUGGGCAAGAAGCUGGUGAUCAACAGCCAGAACUGCAUCCACUGCUACACGUGUUCCAUCAAGACCCCCGAUCAGUCCAUUCGAUGGGACGUGCCCGAGGGCGGAGGCGGACCCAAGUACUCGCUCACCUAA